AUGGCAGAGAGCGAUGAUAAAGGCAGUUCUGCUUGGUACAAGGUGCCAGUGUGGGAUGGCAAUCCAUCCACCUUCAGGGCCUUCAAGAGAGAGAUGGAAUGGUGGCAGGCGUCGAUGGAUGCCUCUAGUUGUUCGAAAUACAACGUUGCUGCCCGCUGGACACUUAGACAGACAGGUGUUGUAAGAGCCCGCUGUGAAGAGUUCAGUCCAAAAGAACUUGAAGGUGGCCUUGAAGUUAAGGGGAUUGACCCAGAGACCGGUGAGGAGGUCAUCAUGGAGCAGGCAGAUCCUUGGCGAGGGAUUCGAAUUCUGAUGCAAGCAUUGGAAGAAUCCAUGGGUCGUACAUUGCUGGAUCGCAAAGGCGAGUUGAGGAAGCAAUUUUACAUGGAGAUGAGACGUGCCCCUGGCGAGAGGAUCAGUGCCUAUUGUUCGAGGUUCAGGACUUUGACCUCGGAGAUGAAGCGUGAAGGGAUCAAUCUCCCGUCGGAUGAGUUGGGUUGGUUUCUGCGCAAUCGCAUGGGCCUCGAUGCAAUCCGCAUCCAGCUGCUCGAUACAGCCCUUCGUGGGAAGGAAGCCUACGAGGAAGUUGAGUCAGAAGCAUUGCGUUUGUUUAGAGAUUUGCACAGUGAGGACCCCUUGCAGAAGAAGCAGAGCCUUCAUGACAGGAGUGCGUUGGUUGCUGAGGCCCCGCCAGAGGUUGAACCUGAAGGUGAUGAUGAAGAAGAGGAGUUAGUUCCUGAUGCCCGGGACCCCGGCAUUUCUCUGGAGCAGGUGCUUCAAGGCGAGGCUGAAGUGCUGGCUGCUGAGAUUGAAGAGCUAGAGCAAGAUGGUUUGGCUCCAGACUUGAUCGAAAGCCUGGAAACGGGAGUUGAGCAAGCUGCCGAGUCAUUAGUGACCAUGAGGGAAGCCAGAAGCAAGAUAGCCGAGAUCAAGAAGGACCGUGGCUAUGGCAAAGUGGCUUCAAGCAGCGCGGCACCCAAAGCUCGGAUGACUGGCAAUCAGGUGAACGGCAAGAAGUCUCGUUCAAGUUGCUGGGAUUGUGGCCAGACCGGCCAUUGGGCUGGUGACCAUGGAUGCCCGAGUCCAGGUGCUGGUUUGUUCAAGCCAAAGGGCAAUUGCAAGCCCCAACAACGUCAAGUUCGCAUGGCAGAAGCAUUGACCACAGAGGUCGAAGCACAGCCGGAGCAGUCAGAGGAGGUUCACGAAGUGAUGACAACUUCGACAUUUUGCACUGCGGCUGGUGCCAUCUACGUGGCCAUCCCCAGGCCCUACUCCCAGGAAGAGCUAUGGAAAGCACAACAAGCACGCGUUGCCUUGUGGCUUUGUCGACGGCCAUCCUUGCGCUAUCUUCCAUUUCCCUACCCAUCAAUCAGCUCAGUGCACCAGUGGAAGUUGCAAGCUCAGCAAAUGGUCGGAAAUGGCUCAAUGUCAAAGAAGCACCACCAGAGGGCUUUGGAUUCAGAUGGUUUCUCCGUUGCCAACCUGAAGGAAAGCAUGUGGCUUCGCGACAGGCUUGGUUGGAAGACAUCGUUUGUCGAAGAUCCAAUGCUGCAAGGCAUGAUGGCAGCUCGAAGUGGCAAGGGUUUGGCAAGUCGCAUUCGGCAGGAAGCAAUGGCCGAAGCGAAAGCCUCAGCAGAGAAGGCAAAGAAGGAAGGAAAGCAGUUCGAGGCCGUGAGAGCUUUGAUAGACACCUCCAUUGGCAGUCCCAUGCAGUUCGACCUGACAUCUAUGGACGUGCCAAUGGAGCAGGGCUCAAACAGCCAGAGCAGUUUCUCCGUGGGGAACCAUGGCUGGACUCAAGCAGAGGUGGACGAUCAGCUGCAGGACUUCUCCCAGAUGACCAGUCAGGAGUUGAGCGAUUUCAACUUUCAGGAGUCCCGGAAGGAAGUCUUGGAGGCCAUGCAGGAAGAUUGGGACAAGCAGAUGGCUGGUUGUUUCAAAGAGCGCUUCAUCAUGAAGAUUGACAUUGUACCGCCUGAGGGAGGAACAGUGCGCCCAACAGCUGGUGCGGUGGCUCAAGCCCAGCGGCCUGUUCCAUCCCGAAAGAAGAAGAAAGAUGAGAUGAAGCGGCUCUUGGUGGGCGAAGUAUACACCGCAACGGAACAAGUCGCCAAGCAGGCUUCGCUCCGAGGCCAUAGUACAGCCACGUCCAUGUCCCUUGAAUCAGGAUGGAAUUUCCUAGAUGCAGCUCACCGAAAAGCAUGCAUCAAGAAGGUGCUCGAAGAAGAUCCGUUUUGUUUGAUUUUAGCCUUUCCGUGUGGCCCUUUUUCUCCACUCAAUCGUUUGCGCCCCAGUGCUUCUUUGAAAGAGCGAAGAGAACAAGGCAAAGUGUUGAUGAAUUUUGCAAUCCUUUUGGCACGCCUUCAGCUCAAGAGAAACAGUCAUUUCAUUAUGGAAAACCCAAGAGGCUCAGAAGCCUGGUUGCUCCCAGAGAUGAUGCAGUUUUUGGAGUCGGCGCCAGUCGAGUGUGUUGACAUCGAUCAAUGUGCCUUUUUCUUGAGGAGCGUUGAGGGCCACCUUCAUAAGAAGCCCACCAGGAUAGCGACAAGCUCUUCUGCAGUGGCUGAUGAGUUGAGAGGAAAACAGUGUUCAAAAGAUCAUGCACACCAGCCUGUUUUGGGUGGAAAGAAGAUCACCUCCAGGGCAGGCCACUAUCCCGUCUCGUUGGCGAGGGCUUUUGUCAAAGGCCUUGAACGCCAGUUUCACGCUGACUAUGCCGCCUGCCGUGAAGUCAUGGCGGUAGAUGGCGAAGAAGUGGAAGAGACGAAAGAACAAGGAGAUACCAUGGACCCCUUUGCUUCAGAGUCCGACAUCUCGUCCAUGGGAGAGGACAUGGAGCCAGAGUCCAAGAUUUCAGCGGCCACCCGAUUGGCCGUGAAGCGAUUGCAUGAGAACACCGGCCACCGGUCAAACAGAAGACUGGCAAGAGCAUUGGUCUUGUCAGGGGCACCUGCUGAUGUUGUGAGAGCUGCGAAGGAGAUCAAAUGUAGCCUGUGCGAUGAGAAGAAACGACCGAAGCCUCGACGACCUAGUAGUCUUCCCACUCCCAAGGAUGUCUCCGACCAGAUUCACAUUGACAUCUUUGAGGCCACAGACAUCAGAGAGACAAAGUACUACGUGGUUCACGUGAUAGACUGGACCUCAAGAUUUCAAAUGGCAGAAGCCUUGGAGACCAAAGACUCCGAAAGCAUUUGCAGUUGGUUCAAGCAGCGUUGGCUUGCCGAUCUUCGGUCCACCAAGAGUCCUGGCUUGGGAGAAAUGAACACCGCCCUCCAAGAGUGUGUCCUGGCGUACAACAGUGACAUCAAUGAGGUCGCAAUGAGGGAGACGGCCAAAUUGGCCAUGGUUCGUCUUCACUUCUCCCGAGGCAUCAGGAGAGCAGAGUUGAGUCGUUGUCGAACCUCUACCAUGUCAACUCCGCUGCAGCCAGGUGACAUAGUUUACUUCUGGCGUGAGAGCAAGUACAACUCAAAGACAAGUCCGUCGAAGAAGCGACUAUCCUUGCGGCGCUGGCAUGGUCCAGCCCUUCUGUUGGCCUUGGAGGGACACAGUGCAGGCUAUGUUUCUUUCAAAGGACAGAUGUCCAAGUGUGCUCGCGAACACCUUCGCCUUGCUUCAAGCAUGGAGCAAAUCAGCGCUGAGACCUGGCAUGAUGCUAUCCAAGAGUGUGUGGAGGCCGCGUUGCAUGAUGUCAGGAGACCGGCAACUGAGGAUAUCUCAGGUGCGGAUAUGGCUUCUUCAUUGACCCCUUCGAUGGUGCCACCAACACCGUCGAGAUUGAGAACUACAAGUUCACUACCUCCAGUGCCCGAAGAGCCGGUGGAAGCCUUACCGCCGGUAAGACCGGAAGAGUUUCUUCAAGCUCUUGACAGCCUACCAGAGCUGCCAGGGAGCGGAAGUUUGAGCAGAAGGGCAUCAACCAUGUCGUCAUCCCGACAGGCUUCAAAAGCGUCAGGCAGUGCAGCGCCUGGCACUCCAGUUCCUGCUUUGAUUCGUGAGGCAAGUCAGGCACCUGGCACACCUCCUGUGAGUUCAAGGUUGGAAGCAUCCAUGGAGACGGCAAGGGAGUUGGAGGAGGAACAAACUUCUCGAAAGAGAGCUGCCGAAAUUGAGGCUGAAGCGCUCCGAGAGAGUGAACAAGUUUCAUCAGCUGAAGGGCAUUCCGUCCUCAUGACCACAGCGAUGGUUCAAGAGAUCUUCAAGACAAAGAAGCCCCUCAUGAACAAGUAUGCCAAGGAGCAUGCCAAUGACAUCGCCCCAACAAAUGCCUCAGUGAUUGGGAAUGAGCCCUCGUUCGAAGAGACCUUUUUGAAGUCUGAGAAACAUCCACUCCGGCUCAUCCAAGAACAAGCGGAAAAAGACAAGCUGGAUCCAGCCAAUAGUGAAGUACAAGAUCACGGAAGUUGGUCGGGUCGUUGGCCUUUGCCCUCCAGAACUAGUUGGCAAGCUCAUGAACUUUGUUGCUGCCUAUGGCCCGUUGGCGAACAUGAAGUCAAUGCCGCCAAGACAGCUCGCAGAGAGGUCAAGUGGAAGAGCAUUCCGGACCAUGAGAAGCCGGAGUACAAGAAGGCAGCCGAGGUGGGCUGGAAAGUUCAGACAGACAACUUAGCCUUUGAGCCCCUUUCUGAGGAAGAGUCCAUGCGUGUCAGGAACCGUCUUCGUGAUGCUGGACAGUUGAACAAGAUUUUACAUCCCAGGUUCAUCUACACCGACAAGAACGAUGGACAGCGCUCUGAGUCACGACCCUUGCCCUUGCUGGCUAACGCUCGGUUGGUGAUUCCGGGGUAUCAAGAUGAGACUGCAUACUCCGUCCGGAAGGACGCACCUACAUGUGCCCGAAGCUCGCAGCAUGUGCUCUUCAUCACUGCCGCCAGCUAUGGUUGGAAGAUGUGGUCAGCAGACAUUAAAUCUGCAUUCUUGAAGGGUGAGUUGUUUGAAGAAGGUGAAAGAGAGCUUUACAUCACCAACAUCAGAACCACGUCUGAUGAUGAGCCCAUCCUUCCUUUUGGGCGCAAUGCUCUUGCAAAAGUGCGGAAAGGAGUUUUCGGUUUGGCCGAUUCACCACGUCGGUGGUAUUUGAGGCUCCACAAGUCUGUGACGCGGCUUGGAUGGGUCAGAAGCAACGUUGAUGCUGCGCAAUGGUUCUUUUAUGAUAAGGCCGGCUCGCUGCAAGGGAUGAUGGUAUCCCACGUUGAUGACCUGUUAUUUGCUGGAACGAGCGUGGCAAAGCAGACAUUGGACGCACUGGGACAGGAGUUGGGUUUCGGCUCUCUUGACACUGGAUGCUUCAACUAUUGUGGCAAACAGGUGAAGCAGUUGGAUGAUGGUUCCAUUGAGGUGAGCAUGCAAGCUUACCAUGAGAACAUUCAAGCUGUUACAGUGCCUGUGAUCCGCAAGAAGAAUCUGGACAGUCCACUGACCCCCACAGAGCUUCGACAACUACGAGCUGUGUUGGGAAGCCUUCAGUGGCUGGUCACGCAGGAUUGGUUGGCAUUGAAGCUUCCCCUGAAAAACGUCGAGGCUGACAAGGGCAAGGAGGAUGAGAGCGGCGAGCAACAUAAAAGCUGCGCAAUGGUGCAGAUUCUCAAGCAUCGUCCAAAGCAGGAAAGGGAAGUGAUGAUGAUUGUCAAGGUGGAGAGCGACAACACCAGUUUCACCGGAUCCUCACUUUUACAUCGUGCAGAUCACCUCAUCAACACUGCACAAGUCUUAGGAUCCAUGGCUUCUUGCAUCAUCUUCGUGGAUCGUGGAUUGAAGAGCUUGCAUGAUUGCCACACGGUGAAGAAGGCCUUUCGGGAGCGGGUGGACCACUUGGCGAACGUGAAGAUGCCACCAAGCUUUCUGAUCUUCGCUGCAGAAAAUUCAGAUUCAGAUCCAUUUCCUGACACCGACGUGCCACUCGAACUGAAAGACCACAAGCCAGACAUGUUCAACGCAUCCCGUUCCGGGCCAUCUCGUUUCUUCUGGCACGUGGAGUUCACUGGAUGGUUCUGGUGGGACGUCGCUUUCAGAAAACUAGCGGAGGCUGGGCAAGUGAAAUCCUUCCGAGCAGCUGGCCGAGAAGUCGCGCCUCAACAAACGCUCGAAGCCAAGGACUUGCAGAAACUGUUCGCCGACCGCAACAAGCUGACGCCGGGCAAUGAGCUCACCCUCCGUGAUCUUCUUCAACUCGCCGACAUGACCAGGCACUACAGUGACAACAAGGUCUUGGUGCAAGGCCUUGAAGACACCAAUCAGUUUGAGACCCAGCAGCUUGAUGUUGAUGGGCUUGGUACUGAGCAGCUUGGCACUGAGCAAGGUACUGUUACGCAGCUUUAUGCCAAGCAGCUCAUGGAGAAGAAGUUGAAAGACUUGAAUGAGAACUUGCAGCCCGAUGAGAGACCUUGGCAGAAGGACGGAGGGAGAACUUUCUUGAAGUUAUACACAGGGUUCAGGGACAAGGACACCCAGCGUCUGCCCCAAAAGAUCGAAGAGGCCAUGGAAAGCUUGAGAUGGUGCAAACCUACUGGCCGUGCAGCUUUGAUUGAAGGCCCGCACAUGUCCGGCAAGACCGUGCUGGUGAAGAAGUGGUCUGAGAGGACGAAGACCAAGGUCAUUCAAGCCGUCUUGCAUCCCUACACCACCGAGCAGGACUUGUUCGGUCACAUGCUUCCCAACGAAUCGGCUCAAAAGAGUCAAAAGGCCGGAGACGCGUUGGCCGGAAACGCCUUCGUAUGGAGCGAUGGUCCAGUGCGCCAAGCCGCGCGUGAGGGAUGUCUCCUGCACCUGAAGGGCGUGCAUUUGCCGUCGCCCGGCGUUCUGGAAUCCCUCAACAGCAUCCUUUGCGAUCAACUGAAGCUGGCUGGCCGACCAUGCGAAGUGCGUGAGGGCUUCUGUGUGAUCGCCACGAUGACCAAGAUGGACCGCGGAGUAUCUUGGCGCAAGGGCCUUCUGGCUGACGAAGCGCGGCUGUCACCGGCAUUUCUGAGCCGCUUCCUGCGAAUCAGCGUCACACCAGAGUUGGGUCAAGAUGACACACAGUUUAUGCUCACGAAGUGGAUUCCGACUCUUUGCCCGGCUCAAGCUACAGAUGUCAAGCUUGAGAUCCCAGAGAGGCAGGCAGAGUCAGAUCUGCCAGUUCACUUUGGCUAUUUGUCGCAAAUGCUGGUCUUCUAUCAGAGAAUGGGUAAAUGGUGGAAAGAAUGGUGCAAACAACAACAUGAAGAUCCCAAGCACCAGUGCUUCGAAUCGCGCAUCAGUGGCUUCAAAUCACGUGUCAGUGAUGACAACAACUUUGCUAGAGAAUCCUGGGAUUUCUUAAAUUGGGUAGAGGCUCAAGAUGCACCAAAAGACUGCUUUGUGCUGGCCACAGUGACACACUCAGCCAGGAAGACGAAGUGGGAGCAGAUUUUUCACCUUCUGUCCACCGCAAUCAUCAUGCGAAUGCCAGUGAUUCUACAAGGCAAGCCAUCAACAGGAAAGACCCUGGGCCUAGAAACGCUGCUGGAGGCACUCGCACACACCGAGAAUUCGCUGGAGGCGCCCGGGAAAGGCACCAGCGAUUCUGAGUCUGAGGCUGCCGACGCUGAGACUGAUUCUCAUGUAAGGCAGACAGAUUCGCUUGGAUUUGAGGAGCCUCAGAAACUGGCGCCGAAGCAUCGGGUCGUUCUUCUUCCAUGUUUCUCAGAGCCACAAGAACCAAGUUGUGUUUUCAAAAUGAUAGUUUCGAGGGCGGCAGCAGCGGACAUUGCAUCUUUCAAGAGGGACCUUUGUGGCGAGCCGUGCGGGAUGGAGGUGCUAGCGGGGCAGUGGGGUGUGGGGGAUGUUUUGGUUUGGACAUUGUUCAUUUUUGGAUGCGACACCGGCCUUUCAAACAUUCAAGUGACAUACCGCUAA